AUGACGCGUUUUGGGUUUUUCUGGAAUGUCUUAUUGACGUUGUUGGGCAUUGUCCAAACCGAUUCUACAGGCGGAUCGCCGAUGCCGAAGCUUCGAAUUUUUAAUUUGUUAGAGCCGAUCCUGGACCUUUUCAUCCCAGCCUCAAAUUUUAUCUCUAAAUAUUCCAUAGUGUCAAAAUGGGAGGAAAGAUAUCCGAAUCCGGCCCUUCAAAAAAUUUCGACUCCGAAUUCGGUUCAUCAAGAAAUUCCAAAUUUUGACUCUAAAUCCUGCCUUUUCGAUUUUAGGUUCCGACUCCCUAAAACAUUUUUCAGCUUUUGCAUCAUAAAUUUGGCUACCCAUUUUGCCCACCCCCCCGUGGCUGUGCCCGAUAAGUCUCAAAGACUCCUCACAGCCAUCCCGUGCCCUUGA